CUGCAACCUUGGACGAGCAUCGUUGAGCAAAAUGCAGAAGACAUUCUAAAGCUUUUGAUUGUAUGAAGGUGUACUACAAGGUUAAACCCAUUCACAUACUGUGCAGCAGGGUACGAUCUCUGACAAGAAACCGCACAGCUCGCUUCUGAACGACUCGCCGAUGUUGCUCCAAUGGAGGUUGUGGAAACUGGUAUGAUGACCAAGCUUCAUGAAGUUCUACGGCCUCUGAAUGUAGUCUUGAUGGCUGAAGAGGAUAUUACAAAGAUUGCUGGCGAGUUUGAGGGAAGCCGAAUCCAUCACAAGGAGCUCACAACUCAGCGCCAAGUAUUAAGGAAGGACAUGAGAGCCUACCCUCAUAUAGUGAGCGUUGCACUUGAAGGUAACAGAAUCGUAAAAUGACAGCCACCGCAUGGUUCUGACUCAACAGGGAUACAUCGCAUAACAACUGUGGAGGCAUAGCCUGUGAAGAUCAGAAGCGAUCUGACAGUGGCCUUAUUCGUCCCUGGGUGGGCUCAGUACGUCCAACAAAUACGGCAAGCUCCGGGUAAGAAGUGAUAUUAGUGGGGCCUUGCGAGUGUGAGACAGGGAAUUAAGGCACCAACAGACGAGGCUGAUCUCUCACAGGAAGGUAUAACUGUAGUUGACAUUGCAUUAAGGAGAAAGAUACCUUGACAUUACUG